AUGGAACUCCUCAAGAAACACCAGCUACCAGUCGUUCACACAGGAGAGAAAUCUAUCUGCUGCUCUGACUGUGGGAAGAGAUUCAACUACUCAUCACACCUUAAAAUACAUCAAAGAAUUCACACUGGAGAGAAACCUUAUAGCUGUAAUCAAUGUGGGAAGAGAUUUUCUAAAUCUAGCCAUCUAACUAUACACCAUAGAACACACACAGGAGAGAAAUCCUAUGGCUGUGAUCAGUGUGGSAAGAGUUUUUAUACAUAUAGCAAGCUGACUUUACACCAGAGAACACACACAGGAGAGAAAUCUUAUAGCUGUAAUCAAUGUGGGAAGAGUUUUUCUACAUCUAGCUAUCUAACUAUACACCACAGGACACACACAGGAGAGAAAUCUUAUGGCUGUGCUCAAUGUGGGAAGAGUUUUUAUACAUCUAGCAAGCUGACUUCACACCAGAGAACACACACAGGAGAGAAAUCUUAUAGCUGUACUCAAUGUGGGAAGAGUUUUUCUACAUCUAGCUAUCUAACUAUACACCAUAGGACACACACAGGAGAGAAAUCUUAUGGCUGUGCUCAAUGUGGGAAGAGUUUUUAUACAUCUAGCAAGCUGACUUCACACCAGAGAACACACACAGGAGAGAAACCAUAUAGCUGUAGGCAAUGUGGGAAGAGUUUUUCUACAUCUAGCCAGCUGACUGUACACCAGAGAACACACACAGGGGAGAAAUCUCAAAGCUGUAAUCAAUGUGGGAAGAGAUACACUGAUAAAAGAUAUCUGAUUAAACAUCAGAAAAUACAUGGAGUUGUUUCAUGAUAUCAAUGAAUUAAUGUCACAAUGUAAAAUGUUUUUACAUUGUAGGAAUAUUUUAAUAAUGUCACAAUGUAGAAGCCUAAACAUUUGCCCCCUUAUCAAUUGAUUUCAACAUUAUAUGGAUAUAAGCCUCAGCGGGAAAAUCCAGGCUCUGAAUUGAAAGAGUUACUAUUUAUGUGAUUUAUCAAACAUUUACUAACAAAAAAAGAGUUGUGUUCCACUUACUGCGUUGGUGACCCACUUCAAUCAAAAUGCAACACUUCAAAAUGUAUCUGGCUGUUUUCUACAAAUUGUCCUCUAACCAGGGAUGUACACAUUAUUC